CCCUCCUCCACCCGCAGACCCAGCCGGUGUCCCGGAGGGGAGCCGCCGCGGGGCUCCGGAACCUUCGGCCGCUGCCGCCCUCGUUCGCCGCGGGACCAGUCGGGGGACCCCGUUAGCUGUUGCUAAGGGGCGGCCCCGGAAGUGACGCUCCCCGGGUUUGUUGACAGCGGAGGCGGCGGCAGCUGCAGGCUGCGAGCCGUAGGAGCCGGAUCGGGGGAGGGGCCGGGCCCCGGAGCCAGCACCCGGCGUCCCUCAGCCCCGCCCGCCGCCCUAAGGGCAAGCAUCUCCCGGGCCGCAUUCUCCGCUCCUCCUCGCCGAGGAAGCAUCCCGUCCGCUCCCGGGGCCAAAGGAUAUCUCUGCGUCCUCCCCCCUUCCCUUCUUGCCUCCGGUGCCUCACCAUCGCCGCUGCAACCAUUUGCAAAGGUCCAUCUCGGCCAGUGGUGGGAGGACUCCCUUCUCUACCCCUGCUGCCAGGCCGUGGCUCAGCUAAUGAUCCUGUGAGUGUCAGGGAGUCACCAUUGCCCCUGGGGGCCCCUGUCCCAGAGUGGCCUACCUGUCUGCUCCCAGCAUGGCGUCAGACACCCCUGAGUCCCUGAUGGCCCUCUGCACUGACUUCUGCCUGCGCAACCUGGAUGGCACCUUAGGCUACCUGCUGGACAAGGAGAAUCUGCGGCUCCAUCCAGACAUCUUCCUGCCCAGCGAGAUCUGUGACCGGCUCGUCAAUGAGUAUGUGGAGCUGGUCAAUGCCGCCUGCAACUUUGAGCCGCACGAGAGCUUCUUCAGCCUCUUCUCGGACCCCCGCAGCACCCGCCUCACCCGAAUCCACCUCCGCGAGGACCUGGUGCAGGACCAGGACCUGGAAGCCAUUCGCAAGCAGGACCUGGUGGAGCUGUACCUGACCAACUGCGAGAAGCUGUCCGCCAAGAGCCUGCAGACGCUGAGGAGCUUCAGCCACACCCUGGUGUCCCUGAGCCUGUUCGGCUGCGCGAACAUCUUCUAUGAGGAGGAGAACCCGGGGGGCUGUGAAGACGAGUGCCUCGUCAACCCCACCUGUCAGGUGCUGGUCAAGGACUUCACCUUCGAGGGCUUCAGCCGCCUGCGCUUCCUCAACCUGGGCCGCAUGAUUGAUGGGGUCCCCGUGGAGUCCCUGCUGCGGCCGCUCAACUCGCUGGCCGCCUUGGACCUCUCGGGCAUCCAGACGAGUGAUGCGGCCUUCCUAACCCAGUGGAAAGACAGCCUGGUGUCCCUUGUGCUCUACAACAUGGACCUGUCGGACGACCACAUCCGUGUCAUUGUCCAGUUGCACAAGCUGCGACACCUGGACAUCUCCCGAGACCGCCUCUCCAGCUACUACAAGUUCAAGCUGACUCGCAAGGUGCUGAGCCUCUUUGUGCAGAAGCUGGGGAACCUGAUGUCCCUGGACAUCUCUGGCCACAUGAUCCUGGAGAACUGCAGCAUCUCUAAGAUGGACGAGGAUGCAGGACAGACCAGCAUCGAGCCUUCCAAGAGCAGCAUCAUGCCGUUCCGGGCUCUGAAGAGGCCACUGCAGUUCCUUGGGCUCUUCGAGACCUCCCUGUGCCGCCUCACGCACAUUCCGGCCUACAAAGUGAGUGGUGACAAAAAUGAGGAACAGGUGCUGAAUGCCAUCGAGGCCUACACGGAGCACAGGCCGGAGAUCACCUCACGGGCCAUCAACCUGCUUUUCGACAUCGCACGCAUUGAACGCUGCAACCAGCUUCUGCGGGCCCUGAAGCUGGUCAUCACGGCCCUCAAGUGCCACAAGUAUGACAAGAACAUUCAAGUGACAGGCAGCGCUGCCCUCUUCUACCUGACCAAUUCCGAGUAUCGCUCAGAGCAGAGCAUCAAGCUGCGCCGGCAGGUCAUCCAGGUGGUGCUGAAUGGCAUGGAAUCCUACCAGGAGGUGACGGUCCAGCGGAACUGCUGCCUGACCCUCUGCAACUUCAGCAUCCCUGAGGAGCUGGAGUUCCAGUACCGCCGAGUCAACGAGCUCCUGCUCAGCAUCCUCAACCCCACGCGGCAGGACGAGUCGAUCCAGCGCAUCGCCGUGCACCUGUGCAACGCCCUGGUCUGCCAGGUGGACAACGACCACAAGGAGGCCGUGGGCAAGAUGGGCUUUGUUGUGACCAUGCUGAAGCUGAUUCAGAAGAAGCUGCUGGACAAGAUAUGUGACCAGGUGAUGGAGUUCUCCUGGAGCGCCCUGUGGAACAUUACGGACGAGACUCCCGACAACUGCGAGAUGUUCCUUAACUUCAACGGCAUGAAGCUCUUCCUGGACUGCCUGAAGGAGUUCCCAGAGAAGCAGGAGCUGCAUCGGAAUAUGCUAGGACUCUUGGGGAAUGUGGCAGAGGUGAAGGAGCUACGGCCCCAGCUAAUGACUUCCCAAUUCAUCAGUGUCUUCAGCAACCUGCUGGAGAGCAAGGCCGAUGGGAUUGAGGUUUCCUACAAUGCCUGUGGCGUCCUCUCCCACAUCAUGUUUGAUGGCCCUGAGGCCUGGGGCAUCUGUGAACCCCAGCGGGAGGAGGUGGAGGAGCGCAUGUGGGCAGCCAUCCAGAGCUGGGACAUCAACUCACGGAGAAAUAUCAAUUACAGGUCAUUUGAGCCAAUUCUUCGCCUCCUUCCCCAGGGCAUCUCACCUGUCAGCCAGCAUUGGGCCACCUGGGCCCUGUACAACCUGGUGUCUGUCUACCCGGACAAGUACUGCCCCCUGCUGAUCAAAGAAGGUGGGAUGCCCCUCCUGAGGGACAUGAUAAAGAUGGCAACCGCGCGGCAGGAGACCAAGGAAAUGGCCCGCAAGGUGAUUGAGCACUGCAGUAACUUUAAAGAGGAGAACAUGGACACGUCCAGAUAGAGGCCUCUGCCCCCAUGGCCGCCACUGCUCUGGACCACAAGGCCGGGAGGAAGCGCUCUCAAGCAGCCCAGCUGGCAGAUCCCCACCCGGGGAGCCUCCCACUGGAUGAAGGGACACAGGGGGACUUUUGCACAACCGACGCUUUUCCUUAACAUUAGUGAGAUAUAUAUAUAUAUAUUAUAUAUAUAUAUAUGUAUAUGUAUAUAUAUAUAUAUAUAUAAUAUAUAUAUAUGUAUAUUAUUUUUUUUUGGUUAGGAAGUGUGAAGUUUUGUGUGUAUGAUUUCUGUACAAAAACAAAAGAAACACUCCCUGAGUCCUCGCAGCUUCCUUGGCCAUUCUCAAGCCCCAACUCAAAGCCUUCAUCGCUGCCACACUCACUCCUACCCCUGCCAGACUAAAUGCCUCUAACAUUGUGAGUGUCCAGCCCUCACCCUGUAAUCUCUGACCUUGGCCUCCCUUCCUGUUAGGAGAGGCAAUGGGCUUUUGAUAGCCCACUCCAAGACCCUAACCCAGCCACCAAAGCCUGGGAACGCCCUCUAGGUUCCUGGGUGCAGCUGAUGGGGUUUGGAGAUUACAACUAACCCCACUGAGUCUCCCAAAUGCCUUGGUGCUCCCGGCUGUGGGCCUCUGGGGCGAGCAAGUAAGCCGUACCUGCCUAGGUCCAGGCAGUCCCAGCCCCAGAGGGCCCUGGAGGAGUGGAGCUCACAACGGCUCUGCUGCCCUCUGGCCAGGCCUGCCUGAGGCCACGCUGCUAUGGAGGCUGCCUCCUAGUCUCCCACCAGGUCCCAGGCUGUCGAAGGCCCCAGCCCAGGGCUGGUCAGAAUUCGGGCAGAUUCCACUGCCCCUUCUGCCAAACAUAUCCAGAACCUGCUCCCAACCCUGGAAGCCAGCACCCCCUGGGGCCAGGGGCUUUUUCCCCCUCACCCCCUACCCCUCAUCUGCCCGCAGCACCCACGGUGCCCAGGCACCCCACCAGCAGAACUGAGCCUGCCUCACUCGCCCCUGCCUGCCCCGCUGCCCAGAGGACCCCACACCUCUCUCACAGGCAGGAGGUCCCCAAGCCAGCCUUUCCCGGUGGCAACAGGCAGACACCUCCAGACCAGCAUUUGGCACGUCCUGCAGCGGCCCUGCCCGGCCCUCCGGGGCCCUUCCCGCGCCCCUCCCAUUCUGACCCCAGGCUUUCCCUCGGAAACCUCCGUGCUGUGUUUCAGAGAAGUGUGAGACACAAACUUAUCUUGAAAUAUCUUGUGGUCCUCCCUUGAUGUCACUCUGAAUUGCUUCUCAUGGCACAGACGGCGGUGAGGAGGCCCCUCUGGAACAAGGGGCUGGGGAACAGAGCUGACUCUGCAGGUAGCCCUUGGAGGGUGGCUUUUCUUUCCUCCUCCUUCCCUGGGCCUGUUUUUGGAUUCUCCUGGUGUUUCUGCCUGCAGACAGAGCAGUCUGGAUGAGCAGCCCAGGGGAGAGGCACCUGGCCUUUCUCCUCUGGGGUCUUUCCCUCCCAGCCAUGGGAAGGGCCAGCUGCCCUGUGUCCCUCAGCUUAGCAGAUGGCCCACAUCUGCCCCUCCCUUCCAUGCUCACGUGGCCUGAGCCAGGCCCCGGGCAGAGCUCACAUUGCAUUGCUUUACCACCUGGGGCCUGGGUAAAUGUCUGUACUUCGGGAUGUCACAGAAAUACAUUUUUGUGCA